UGUAAGAAAGAAUCCAAAAAGUGUUGAAUUGUCAAAGUCUCCCUCCAUUGAGACUGUUUGCAUCUUGGGUCUUGAUUUUCUUCCACAACGCAUUGAAAUACUUGUCUUGAGCUCUCGACCGAUCUCGUUCCUCAAACAAGUUUCCUGUCCAUCAAACUUGAACCACCAUACCAUAAAAGACAUCGACGAUUGUAACAACCUUUGGGAUUAAAGCUUGUCAAGAUCUCAACCGUCUUCAAGGAAACGAUGUCCGAAACCACAACGACAACGAGCCCAGCUACGACUCGUAAGGCCCGAACGAUCGUACCAUCGCCAAGGAUCGCAAUUGUUGACCUGACCCCAAACAACGUUGGCACCCUCCGGAAGCUGAACUCGGUCCUCUUUCCCGUUAGCUAUAGUGAUAAGUUCUAUCAUCAAGUGCUUGAUGAGUAUCUCUCGGAUUAUUGCAAACUCAUUUAUUACAACGAUCUGCCAGUAGGUGCUGUUUGUUGCCGAAUCGAACCCGACCCAAAGGAACUUCCUGGAGCUACACCCACUGGGAAAGUCAAUGGUUCGGCAAGCAACCAAUCUAAUGGCUCGUCGAACCAAACCAAAUUAUAUAUCAUGACCCUUGGUGUAUUGGCACCUUAUCGCCAGCAAGGACUCGCCACACAACUAUUGAACCAAGUGAUUUCGGCCGCCCAAAAGACACAUCAGACUAGCCAAUCGACCUCUCAGGCCAAUGGAGAGGGCCCAACAACGACCACAGCGAGCUCGACAAACAACCCUGAGAGCAAGAAGACAAGCCAGAAGGGCAAGAAAUCGACAGUCACCAAACAAGUCGAAUCUUCGGAAUCAAAAUCUAAUCCAAACCACGAGGACGGCGACGACCAGCCGGUCAAGAUCCCCUCGAUCUCUUCAGCUUAUGUGCAUGUCCAGUUCGGAAACGAAGACGCUAAAGAGUUCUAUCUCAAGAGGGGCUUCAGAGUCGACGGCGAAGUGUCUGAAUAUUACCGAAAGAUCGAACCUAGAGGCGCUUGGAUUUUGGUUAAAGAAGUCUCUAUUCCUUAGCUGAUUCCACCUAAAAUAAAUAAACAAACAAACAAACAAACAAGAAUAUUGAUUUACCAAUAACUCAAAAACCAAACAAAACAAGACUCUUACCAAAUGAACCCCUAGACCAACCCUUGGAAACCCCCAAAUCAAACAUUCCAAUCACGAUCUAUCCCCGCCGAAAUGUGACCACUUUCUCAGAGUUUUUUUUUUUUUUUUUUUUUUUACUUUUUGUAUCCUGAUUUCUUGCUGGUAUAAAACCCACGUCUCUAGUUGACCCACGCACAGGGUGGAUUCUAUACAUAUAUAAACAAAUACAAAUACAUUCAUGCUCAAAGUAUCAGGGAUCACUGAUAGCUUAUAAUCACAUACUUUGAGAUAUGAUAGGGUUCUGUUAGAUGGAAGAUAACAGGGCUAGAUUGAUCAGUCCUUUAUCUAUAUCCAUAGAUGGAUAUGAAAUCUCAUCUCAGUGGAUGCUUCCUUCUUCCAAUGAUUUCCUCCUUAUGGUUCCUUGUUUGUUUAUACACAUAUUUUUGAUUCACUUCUUAAUUCCAUGAACCUCAAACAGA